AUGAGGAUAGAGGUGGAAAAGAUAAAAAAUGAAUUAAGAAUAAGGGAAGAGAAAUGGAGGAAGGAAAAGGAAAAAGUAAAGGGAAGAAUAGAAAAGAAACUGGAGAGGAUGGAAUUAGAAAGUAAAGUUGAAGGGGAGGGUAAGAGAAUAAGGGAGGGUGCAGAAGUAGUAAAAGGAAAAAGAAAUAUAGAAAUUGAUGAAUGGAAAGAAAGAGUAAGGAAACUGGAAAGAAGAUGGGAGACGAAGGAGAGAGGGGAUAGGAAAAGAAACAUCCUAAUAAGAGGAUUAAAGGAGGGAGAAGGGGAGAAAAAAACAGUAGAGGAACUAUUUCGGAAAACAGGAGGGGACGUGGAAGUGGACGAAAUAAGGAGAAUAGGACGGAGCAAGAGAGAGAAGGGAGACAUGAUAAUAGUAAAAAUGAGAAUUGAAGUGAUGAAAAGAAAGAUAUUGGCAAAUAAAUGGAAAUUAAAAGGGAGAGAGACGUGGAUAGAAGAUUUGACAUGGGGAGAGAGGAGGAGUAAAUGGGAAAUUAGGCAGGCAGCGUUAAGGGAGAGGACAAAAGGAAGAAGGAUAUGGGGAGAGGGGAAUAUGGGUAGAAAUAUGAUGAAGAUGGGAUAAUGAUAAAAAGAAGUUAAGGGAAGGAGUUGAGACGCAGAAAAGGAAAUAAUAGGAAAAGAGGAAGAAACAGUGAGAGAGGGAAAAUCACAGAGACAGGGGGAAUAGGAAGAAAGGAAGGGCAAAGGAGAA